CUGAAAGCACCUAAUCAUUGGCACGAAAUGUAAAGUACCGUAUUUCAUCUCAGCCUGAGACAACACCUUUGUUUGUUAUUUCUUCACGACCUGCAGUAAACCGUUCACCUGAGACUGAUGAAAAUGCAGUAGCUUGGAGCAUAUAAAUUGCUUUCGCCUCCUUUCCUUUCUUUUUUUGACUUGCUCGAUCCGUGAGCACCUUGUUCAGCUGCGUCCCUUGGGCCGCUCUCUCAAAGCUAUCCGGCUUGCUCUGCCUCGCGUUGGCUUCUAUAUAUUGCUCAGACUCUGCCUGUAGUCUUCUGCUUAUGUUCCUUGGCCCCUCUGCCUCCUGAUUCUUAUUUCACUAUGGAUCUCCAGUCGGACGACUCCUGGUCUUCCACGUCCGAGGAGGAUGAGGAAGAGCGUCACGGACCGAUCCGCUCGCGCGCUUACCAGAUUGAGAUGUUCGAACAUAGCAUGAAGGGCAAUGUCAUUGCUGUCAUGGGCACUGGGACCGGCAAAACACAAGUGGCCAAACUUCGCAUUGAAGCAGAGUUCGAGCGGUCUCCCAUCAAGAGGAUAUGGUUCACAGCUCCGAGUGUGGUGCUUGCCUAUCAACAAUACUGUUUCCUUUCAUGGCAACUACCCGCGUUCCAAUUCAGACUGAUUACUGGCAUGGACAAUGCCGAAUUCUGGGAUACCCAGGAAGUGUGGGAUAAGGCCUUGCACAAUAUCAAUGGAGUUGUCUCCACGCCUGCGAUCUUGCUUCAGGCCCUUGACGGUGGGUUCGUGAGCAUGAAAACUAUAUCGUUGCUCGUGGUUGACGAGGCCCAUCACUGUGUGGCCAAGUCGCUGGUCAAUACUAUCAUGAAAGUGCACUAUCAUCCAGUUAAAAAGGCCAAUUGCCCUUACGAGCUGCCGCAUAUUUUGGGUCUUUCAGCAAGUCCGAUCACCAAGAAAAGCCCAGCAGAGAUAACUGAGCUGGAAGCCAAUCUUGAUGCACAGUGCAAGACUCCCCUGCAACAACUAGAAGAGUACACUGCGUUUGUUAACAUGCCGGAAAUUGUAAUAUUGACAUUUGACGAAGAAAUGACCCCGGAUGCUCGGCUUCUGACUCAACUCUCAAGUCUGGUGUCAGACCUGCGGUUUACGGACGACCCAAUCAUGAAAAAGUUGCAGGAAAAAGACGACCAAAAGGCUGCAGAGAAACUCCGAAAGAUUAUACACAAGGGCGCAACGCCAGCCAUGACAGAGUUGAACACCUUACUAAGGUCGGCAACCACGAUCCAGCAAGAUCUAGGACGUUGGGCCUGUGAGACUUACAUCACCGCUUGUGUGCGAAAGCUUCAUUGUGCGGUUCGUAACGCGGCAGGCCUUGAGAUACAUCCAGGACUGACUCAUGACAAUCGGCCGUUCAUGGAAUCCACCCUCCGUCCUCUGCAUGCUUCUCUGGGCGCUCCGGGCGGCGGUUCUUUAUCCUCUCCAGAAGAUCUCUCAGCCAAAGUGGCAAUCUUGCUCAACUUUCUUCGAAAGGAGUAUCGAUCUGACGUACGGGGGCUAAUCUUUGUCCAUGCGAGGCACACAGCCUGGGCCCUGACUGAAGUCAUCAACAGCCACCCUGCAAUGAGCAACUACCGGGCAUUUUCAUUCGUGGGAGUGUCCAAUCCUGCUUAUCAAGGUGCCUUCGAUUUCGCACAAUUGCACAUCCAAUUCGAAAACCUCGAAAGGUUCCGCCGUGGUCAGCUCAAUCUAUGUAUAGCAACCUCCGUGCUUGAGGAAGGAAUUGAUGUGCCCUCCAUGAAUCUGGUGAUAUCCUUUGAUGCGCGCCCUAAUCUUCGCAGUUUUGUCCAAAGUAGGGGGCGGGCGCGACAACGGAACUCGAAAUACGUUGAACUACGGUCGUCUCUUGAACCUUACUCCAAAAUCAAGUCAUUUGAAGCAUGGGAAGCCGACAUGAAGAGGAAGUGCGAGAGUUCUUUGCGUGAUCUGGAGGCACGGAAAGUCGUUGAGUCCUUGAAAGAGGAAGGGGGAUCCAUCUUUCGGGUACCAUCGACGGGGGCAACUUUGACCUUCGACAAUGCUCGGCAAUCGCUGCAACGGUUUUGCUCCAAACUGCCCAGGAAUGCCGACAGCGAACCGCCAGAACCGAUAUUCUGCCUAGAGGGCGAGAUCGGUCUGAGGAUUUUUGCAAAGGUAUACUUGCCAACUUGUCUGCCGCCACAUUUGCACGUGGUCAGCUCGCAGUUGGGGUGGCAGACCGAAAGGAUGGCCAAGAAAGAUGCCGCAUUCCACGCAUAUCUUGGCCUUUACAAAGCCGGACUGGUAAACGAAAACCUGCAACCGAUCCACUGGCCGAAAGAUGGCAAUGGAGAAGCAGAGCCGGACAUUGAGACGAGGGAGAGCACCUAUGUUGUUCGACAGCAGUACAAUCCUUGGCCUGCGGUGAUGGAACAGUGGGCUAAAACCAACACAAUUUAUGCACAUCAGCUCCAUGUCAAGAACAAGAAUGGCGCAAAGCCAGCCCUCAGCUUGCUCCUGCCCUUGAAACUGUCAGGCACUGAGUUCUGUCUAUACGACACAGAUUUGGGAGAUUUGCAGGUUUGUCUAAGUCCAGGCGAAGAACUGACUAACUAUCCUGCACUCGACCUGGCACGAAAAACUAGCCUACAUUUGCUGUCUACCGUCCUAGGAAGAAGACUGCGAGGCUUUCAACGUAACCGAUUUCCUUUCCUCCUGGUACCAGUGUGUGAACCACUCUUACUUGAGCAGUCGCAUGAACUUAUCACAACCAACAGAGGGCUACUGGAUGUCUGCGCCACAGAAGGUCUGCUGGACCAGGAAUAUCUCGUGAUCCCCAGUAACGAACAGAUCCCCUAUGUGUACCAACCAUCAAAAGACCAACUUGGCUCUCGUGUCACAUCCAUUGAUGGUAGGAUCCCCGACAUUCUUGCAACGAAGCUGUCUAGGCGACUGGAAUUCUUGGGGCCCGUGGCGAAUCCUACUUCAGCCCUUCCACCACAACAACGGUCGCUUCCGGUCGACCAAUGUGUGUUGCUAGGAGUACCGGUUGACUAUGCCCGUCUCAUGUUGUUGGUUCCUUCGAUCACACAUAUGCUCGAGGUUUGUCUCCGAACAGCGGCGGCUUGCCAAGGACCCCUAGCUGGACUUCCUCUUGUUGAUAUGGACUUGGUGUCGGAAGCGCUUACAUUGCCGAGAGUUGGGCCCAGAAACUACGAGCGCUUAGAAUUCCUUGGAGACGACUUGCUGAAGUUCUACACUUCUAUUCAGGGAUUUGUGGACAAUCCCACUUACCCCGAAAGCGGCCUUACAAUUGCUCGUAACCGCAUCGUCAACAAUGCUCGCCUGCAACGAGCCACACGAACACUGGCUCUCGAGCAGUUCCUAACCCAGCAUCGGUUCUCGGGCGCAGAAUGGACGGCUGGAGUUAGCAAAGAGGAUCGAGAGGGUCAUGGUGACAGCACAGAUACCGUGGCGCAUGGUGAGAAGACGCAUCUUUCUUCAAAGACCCUGGCGGAUGUGAUUGAGGCUCUCAUCGGCGCUGCUAGUUUGAAUGGGUCGACAACCACCACAAAUGGAGAUAAUAUCGAGAGUCGGUCUCAAGAAGGUGUCAUCGCGGCCUUGCGACUGUUCCUUGAAGAAGUUCCCUGGAGACCGGUAUCUGAGAACUUGGUCAGGAUCCAUGUCAUGGACGAUUCCGAAAUUACUGGGUAUCAGUUGUACGCUCCAGUUGAGUCUUUGAUCGGCUACAGAUUCACCCGACACGCUCUGCUAGCCGAAGCACUUACUCAGUCCUGGCUCGGUGGUCAAGUUUCUUCGUACGACCGUCUCGAGUUCCUAGGCGAUGCCGUGCUCGACCACAUCGUCAAGCAGGCACUGUUUCAUAGCAGCACUGAUGUCGAAUCGACGACAGGCCUGCUGUCCCGAGAGGAGCAGCAGCAUCAAUUUAACCCGGAAGAAAUGACUCUCCGCCGCCACGCGCUUGUCAGCCAUGCAACCCUCGCCUUCUUCGUAUUUCAGGCAUCAUACACUUCCAACGCUUUCGAAAUAGCCACAGACCCUUUCACGCGCAAAACCACCAUCUCCACUAACCCUACAUCAACAUCUACAACCUCCACCACGAAGACAGUCUACCUGUUUGACCAUGUUCGACGGAGCGGCAAUCGUGACGACCCGCUCCAACGCGAGGGCACACUAGCUGCAUACCAUGAUGUGCGGGAUGCAGUACUGCAGGCAUUCAAGCAUGGCGCCAAAUUUCCUUGGGCGGAGUUACUCCACAUCGGAGCCCCCAAAAUGUACUCGGACAUUAUCGAGUCCCUGCUUGGUGCAAUAUUCAUCGAUUCGAACGGGGACCUGGGUGCGUGUGUCGGCUUCUUGGAGCGACUGGGGUUCAUGGAUCUUGUUCGUCGAUUUGCCAAUACCAAGCAGAAGGCCGGCUUAGACCUCAUUCAUCCGGAACACUUGUUGAGUCAGGUCCAGCCUGGGUGUAAGCUGGUGACAUAUCAGUCGAAGAAGCGUGCCGCAACCGUAGUUGAAGAUGGGGCCGUGUUCCGGCGUGGCUGGAAAUGUAAAGUCUUGCUGGAUGGCGAACGAAUUGCCCAUGCGAAAAGGGGGAGCUGCAAGGCAGAAGCGCAGUGUCGUGCGGCUCAACGUGCGGCCGAGUUCUUGCUAAAGAAGCGGGACCACAAGAGGAAGGCAGCGGAAAUGUCGACUGAGGGCAGAGAUGGAGAUUGCGUUGUGGCACCCGUGGCGGCUUGACGCACCAUUGAAUGUGUUUCGCGGGGCAAUAUGUGUGAAGGGAGAGGUGUACGAGCCACCUACGAAAGAGCAGAUCAAACGAAGAUGGUUGCGCACACCAGACGAGACUCUACGGACCGAGAACCCAUGGUCGCAACGAGACCAGACGGAGUGAUAUGAGUUUGGAUUGAUAACCGUGGGCGCGGAUCCACAGAACAACGCCGACGGGUGGAUUUGAAUCUGUGGAGAAGGGGGGAGACGAAAAUUGAAACGACGACGAUCUGGACCCAUGGACGAAGAUCCUUCAUUUCCUCCUUGACGUGACGAUACUAAUGGAAUGACUCGGCCGGUGGGCGACUGCACAGCCCAACUUCUAGUUUGUGACCCAGAGGUUGACGAAAUCAGAAACGAACAGACACGAAAUACACAAGUAGCUCCUCCUACGAGGAUGCCACGCUUACGAGAUUACGAGACACGAGACCACGGAACUACUAUCGAUGCCGACUGGAUGCCAUGGCACAAGCAAUGCCCGUCCUUUUCAAAUCAAGAUCAACAGUACGCCAAAGGCUAGCGGUGGUUUGUAUCCACCGGCAUAUGAAUGAUGAUAAUGAACAACGAAUACAUUUGGCCAUACAGAAACGAGAAUGCCCAGUGGAAAUCCACCGACGGGGAAGAAACAAACAUGAUAUUGACGACUCAGAUUUUGAUCUUGCUUUUGCUUUUGGUUCUUAUGAGGUAUGAGCAUGAAAUGGGAGAGAUGUCUUCCUGGAUAAGUACAUGCAAUGAUGGAACGAUGACGACCUUUCUUCACAGUGAUGCGCAUUAUCCCACUCUCUUACUGGCCUUGACUGCUUCCUUCUUGGUUCCUUGCGGAGCUCUUCAGAGGACCUGGAGAUCAAGAUCAGAGGAUGCUGCUUUUAUUGAACGUACUCCGUACUCCUCAUACUCUCGCACUGUAGCAGUGCAAGGCUCAGCCCCGAGAUAGAUUGAGAUAAAAAGCACUUAGUACUUUUCAUGGUAUCAUCAUUGGUGAGCAUGAGCCCGUUGGUAUGGACGCCUAGAUCAGUGACGAUGGCAAUGGCCCUUGCCUUUGCCUUCCUUACUACCCGGCGUACCUGUACUCGCUGAAUGAGAACAACAAAACAAAUACAACAGCAUUUUCUGGAAGCUGCUCGCUACGCC